GAAGUGAUGGGAACGUUGCCGCAGAGUUGUGACAGAUUCCUAAAGCGUUGUUUUCUGGAAGGAGUGUUGUAUGCCAACUGUGCGGACCUGUUCCAACCGAUCCUCACCGGUCAUGGAUACUGCUGCGCCUUCAAUAGCUUGUACAUGUUUAAUGGGAAGAGAAACAUAGCGAAGCAUAACUUCGAGAACCGCACGGUGAAACACGCGGGCGUGACGCAUGCGUUGGUGGCAGUCACAGACUAUGAGGUUGACGACGCUGUGCCUGGCACUCUACUCAACGCUGGAGCUAUUCGGGUAAUGUACACGGAUUGGACGGAGUUCCCGUCAGACGAUGAGACGGCCAUCGUGGAUACGAGAGGGGAGUCGUACCACUUCCUGAGCGCCACCUACACAUACUGCUCCGAUGAAGUACAGUCUCUACCAGUUUGGAGUCGCAAAUGCUACUUCGAAGACGAGCGGUUCCUACCCUUCUUCAGAAACUACCACAACUCCAACUGUGACCACAUGUGCUAUGUGGUGGCCGUCAAGCGAGCUUGCGGGUGCUUCCCCGAGUUCCUGCCCAAUGUGCGGGCUGACGAUGUCUGCAAGAUCACCAAGAUACCAUGCAUUAUUCAAGUCAAGCAGGAUAUGCAAAGCUGGCUAUUUGACGACUAUUGCGAGUGUCCUCGUGACUGCGUGUCGCGCAAAUAUCGAGCUGAGAUAACCGUGGGCAACUUCAAAGCAUUGAAAGAGGUUCUCAAGAACCCUUAG